GCAGGAGCCUGCAAAGCUGCGAGCCAAUCAGCUUCCGAGGUUCCGGACGUCGCUUUGUGGUCUGUGGUGUUUUGAUGCAGAUGGCAAAAAAUGUUGGAAACGACUCUUGCACCUCUUGAAAAAGGCAGAAGCGUGUUUUUGUGAGUGUUCCGGUACGAAAGUUUAAAGAGGGAAACUCGACAUACUCGUUGACAUGUUUGUGUUCAUUUUUACUAGUAUUGCAUGCUACUGUUUUUAGCCGUAGCCUACUAGCAUGGCGUGAAUACCGCAGAUCCAAGGAGCCAAUGUCAAGAAUGUGCCGAGCUUGCUAACAACAUAUUUUGAUACUAUUCAUCUGGUAUUUUUUACGUUUCAUUUAGCUAUGAACGUUAAACCCUUACGUCUGCCUUUUUUCCUUUCGUCUUCCUCUGGACCUUACAGAUAAAACAGCACUUAUCAGCUGCCUCUCAGUUCUUGUUUCAGGUCGGGACGAGCCGAAAUGGACGCCCCAACCCCAUCCCCGUCACCCCAGACACAUUUCUAGCCCAAACUUCAGUUCGUCUCAUCCUGGCCUCUGCACAAACACAAGACCCUACACCGUGGCUUUCUUUUCUAUGACAAACCCAAUUUAUGCCCAGCUAGAUUCGGUCGAAUCGCUUUUGGACGAGCUCCCAUAUAUGUUUUAUCUGGGCCUGUUCUUUGUUAACGUCCUGAUCCUCUACUAUGCCUUUCUGAUGGAGUACAUCGUCCUGAAUGUGGGGAUAGUGUUUCUGCCUGAGGACAUGGACCAGGCGCUGGUGGACCUCGGGGUGCUGUCCGACCCGGCCUCUGCCCCCUACGACACGGACACGGAGUUAGAUGUGUUUGAGGGGUAUCUUGAGUGACAAGGCGGUCCUGGAGAAAAGAAGUAAAGGAGAUUUAGGGUGAUGGUGGUGCUGAUGAUGAUGAAGAGGUCCGGGGAAGAUUGGGCCAGUUCAAACACACUUUUGUCAGUGAUGUGGGGUGAAGAACCAUCAAAGCAGAUGAUGUUGCUGCCUUUCUUUCACACAGACAUAUCAGUGAAAAAGUUGUCUCGGCUCAAAAGAAGAUAACCUGAGGAGGAGAUUCGGUACUAAUGGCCAUAUGGUCAGCGAUUGUCCCAUGGGAAGAGCACUCUGCUCUAGAUCAGCAGUCAGUCUGGUGCCAUUCUAAUAGUGACUGACACUGGUCGGACACCAGGGGGAGUUAACACUGUUCCCUUCACUUUGGACCCAGUGAGAGAUAAAAAAGGAAGUACAGUGUGUUGCAAGUUAAGAGAGACUGCUGUUCCCUGUGGAUGAAAAAUGAAUGUUACUGGAAUUGUGGAGUUCCGGUCAUCUGCAUUGCAGCCAGUUCAGAUACAGCAUCCUGCAGCAUGAGCUGAAAAGGAAUACGACGGACGUGACAGUGAACAAUCAUCCAGAUUGUGCAAAAUCUGGCAGCAGACUGCAGAAGGAAUCAAACUUGCCACUUUAGUCACAAUGUGUGAAAUCUCAGCAUCACAGGCAAAAGUAUUAUGUCUGUUGAAAACUUCUCUCACAAAACAACUUGUUUCAACCAUUUGUCCUUUUAAGUUUUCAGAAUGCAAUGCUGCUUAGCAGGCUCACUCAUCCUCGUGAUCUAAUUUAAAAUGUGUCUUUGAGAUCAUCCAUACAGUAUAUCUGCUUCAGGGCUGUACACACUCUCAGGAGCACAGUUAAAAAUUCUGGGCACACUGGCUAGACAUUACACUGACACUGGACACAGGCUGUGCAACUACAAGAUAUACGGGAUCACUAAAGUUUUUGGCCCUCUUAAAAAUCAGCAACACCAUACUACACUUGCCACACUCUUAAGUAUGUAAGUGUCCUGGAAGAGUUAUUUCUUUGUUGACCUUGAUCACAUUAGUUCUUGGCAUCAUAUGUAAACAUUUUUCCAACUACAAAGUUAACAAUAAUAGAUUAGUAAUGAAAGCUGUGACAAGAGCCGGCCAAAUGUUUAAACCUCAAAACAAGUGCUUCAGAUAAUAAUUUUUUCAUCCUCUCUUGUGUUUUUUAAAUUUUUUUAUAAUGUUACAAAUGAAUGUUAGAUACAUGGAUGAGUUCCAAUGCAUGUUAUUGGUUGUUUGUCAUUUUAAAAAAUCCAGUUUUGGUGUGAGAUUUCUGUUUUAUUGUACUAUGUUUUGAUACCUAUGUUGUGAAUUCAGAGUUCAGUCCAUGAAAUCUGCAUUCUUAGAAGCAAUAAUGAACUGGAUUCAAGAAAUGAGGCAGUGAAAUGAAUAGUGACACAAAUGAGAUCACGCACACACAGGUAAAUGUUUAAUCCAUCUGCUAGGUUUGGUUGAGCAUGAGUAGAAGAAAACUGCCCAGUGUCAGUAAUUUUUAUAAAGGGAAGAGAUUUAAUGAAUAUUUCUAUGCCUUGAAAGUACUGUACAUACUGUAAGAGUCUUUACAGCCCAGCUAAUUCACUUUUCUUUUCCAUUUUGGAGGCAAUACAAGA